AUGCUAGAGAGAUCAACACCGACCCCGGCGUGGUCUCGGGCAGCUCCCUGCCCAACCCUCCCCGCAGCUCCUCGAGGGAGGGGUCCAUCAGGAAGCCCACUAAGUAAGCGCUGGUGGCGGAGGAGGUGGAUCAAUUGCCAGCAUCCUGCACCAACGAGCUCGACCGGCGGGUCGGCUACUCGGCAGAUCACCACCAUGGCCGCCGCCGUGGGAGGCGGCAAUGAGGAUGAGGAUUGUGGCGAGGUCAGUCUGCGGGAGUGGCUGGAGCGGCCGGAGAGGUCUGUGGACCCCCUGGAGUGACUCCACGUAUUCCGUCAGUUGGUGGAAAUGGUGAGCCUCGCCCACUCCCAGGGCGUCACCAUCGGCAAUGUCCGUCUGUUGAGACCUUGACAAUCGAAAUGAGCUCACAAGGAAAGAGGUCUCGAAGAAGCCGGCCCAGCCUAGGAACAAAACAAGGGGACAACCGCAUGUAGGGGCCUGCAGGACUGGAGACGUGUGCGAACCCUCUGGAGCCCUGGUUCCUGGAGUUUUGUACGAAACAGGUUUAUUUUAUUAAACCGCUUCGCAUUUUGACUCUCCAUCACCGCCCCUGCUACAUCAUGUCCACCUUCGUCGAGUCCGCUUCCUGUUUGAGCUCUGGUUCCGAUUCUUGCAGAAAUGGCGGGGAUCGGAGGACAAGGACGAUGACGACGACGACGACGGCCGCAGCGGCAGAAGCAACCCAUGCUCCACUGCUACGAGCAGACCUCGGAUACCAGCUGCUUGAGAUCCUGCUCAGCUCAUGGGGAAGGGACGGGCCGGAGGAAGGAGGAUGACAAUGGUGGGAAGGAAGGGAGGGAGGUGGGGGAGAGGAAGAAGAGCUUCCCAUUUAAGCGGACCCUACUCAUGGAGUACAACUGGUACACAAGCCCCCAAAGAAUCUGUGGCCAGCUCGGGCUCAUUCGCAUCAGAUAUCUACAAAUUGGGCGUUCUUUUCUUCGAGGUCAGCAUCUGAUUCCGAUCGUCCUCCCUCAUUUUUUUCUUCCCAUUAUUAUAAUUUCGUUGCUGAUAUUGCUAAUUUGGUCUUUACUCGCAGCUGUUCUGCCCAACAAGAUCCUUCGACGAGAAGCUGUGGACCAUGUCCAACCUGAGACACCGAGUCCUCCCUCCACCUCUGCUGCCCAAAUGGCCCAAAGGAAGCUUCCUUCCGCCUGUGGCUGUUGCAUCCUCAACCCAACACUUAAAAAGUUUAUGCUGUCAGAAAGCUUGUUUGACUGAUAUUAAAUGAGAUUAUUGAGUAACUAGAAAUCUACAGGUAUUACAAUUUAUCACAACUUCAAAACUUGGUUUAGAAGACUUCUAGGCCCUAGAUUACAAGAGAUUAGAUAAAACAUUGAUGACUCAAUUUUUAUGAGGGUGUUUGAAAGUGUAGUAAUAAAUAUGUAAUCACAUGAUCACAGUAAUAUCAAAAACUCAAUUUCUAGAUAUCAUUGAGAACAAAUAGAAGAUAAAUCACCAAAUUAUUAGAAAUUCAGAUGAGAACAAGACUUCUACUAAACACCUAUAAUCUACAUCAAAAUGUCUUUAAAAUGACUUACACAUCAGAGAGUCAGUAAUAGACUCUUAUCUCUUUCUUUAAAGAUUUCACUUGUAAUAGAAAAGAGAGGAGAGACUAAGAAAAAAGAAGAAAGUUGAUGAAAAUAGAGAAUGUAAUCAAGAAAAAGUUGUUAUACUGAAAAAAGGAGAAAUAUAUAUCUUAUUUAUAUAUAUAUAUAUAUAUAUAUAUAUAUAUAUAAAGUAACUAUCCCCUUAAAAUGAGGCAUCUCAAUCUAUGUGUGGGUGAGCUCACACAUUUUAGAGGUGAUGGUUUUAACCUUCUUCAUUUUUCACUCUAUCUCUUCUUAUGACCCCUAAAUGAGUCAAUUGUGUCAUCACCCCUCACUCUUCACAUGUCCUCCGAAUAGGUCUGAUGGGAAGAGGCUUCUAGUACAUCUCCCAUAUAAGUCAACUAAGAUGAACUAACACUACCAAGAAACUCUACCUUGGUAGCCAUCAUCAUUGCACUUGGAAUCGACGUCCAUCCAUGUUACAAGUUCUCUACCUUCUAUAAGAUACCUACAACAUGAAUCAAAUUCAAAUAAUAUUUGAACUUUUUCACUAUAAUGACUUUUGUCAACAUAUCUUUAGUAUUUUUUUUUGUGUGACCUUUCUCUAGAGAUAUAUCUACAUAAUUCACUAACAUAUGAAUUUUGUGAUAUUAUAUAUUAAUAUAUUUUGACCGUGCAUGAUAGACUUAAUUUUUUACUAAAUAAAUAACACUAUAACUAUCAUAAUGUAGAGAAACUUCACCAUAUCAUAUCCCAAGUUUACUCAACAAUUCUUUCAAUCCCAAGACCUUUUUGACUGUUUUAAUAUUUGUUAUGUGCUCCACUUCAAUUGUAAAUAAUGUAAUAGUGGUCUAAAAUAUAAACCUUCAACUUGUAGGUUCAUCAGUCACAAUGAAAACAUAUCUUGUUGUAAAUCUUUGAUAAUUUAGAUCUCUGAAAAAAUCUACAUCAACAAAAUUAAUAAUAUAAAGAUAAUUUUAUUUGUUAAAACAGAUUUCAAAAUUUAAAGAACCAUUUAAAUAUUGAAAAGACCACUUCAAUGUGCUCCAAUGUUCUUUUCCUAGAUUAUUCAUAAAUCUGCUCACAAGUCUAACUACAUGAAUAAUAUUUAAUCUUAUACAAACCAUAGUAUACAUAAAAGAGUCAACCACACUAAUAUAAAGAAUUUAUUUAAUCUCAAUAAUAUCUUAUUUAGAUGUUAGACACUGAGUAUUAAAUAAUCUAAAAUGACUAAUUAAAAGAGUGACUAUUGUUUUAACAUUACUCAUGCAAAAUAAAUCUACCACCUUCAAGAAAUAACUCUUCAAAGUCAAUCAUAGCUAACUUAACUCAUGAUCUCUAUAGAUCUCUAUAUUAAGAAUAUUUUUUACGUCACUAGAAUUUUUUGUGUUAAAUUCAUUACUCAAUAAUGACUUCAACUUAAUAAUUUAAUGUGAAUUAUUUAAAUUAAUAAAUAUAUCAUCGACAUAGAGUAUCAAAUAAUUAGAAAAUCAUCACCAUAAGUUCUCAUAUAAAUAGAACAGUUAAAAUCACACCUUGUGUAGUCAAUAUUUAACAUGUAAAAGUCAAUUUUUUUAUACCACUACUUUGAUGCUUAUUUUAACUUAUAAAGAGAUUUCUUUAAUUGACACACAAGAUGUUCUAACCCCUACACAAUAAAAUCCUUUAAUUGUUGUAUGUAAAUAAUCUCUUCCAAAUCUUCAUAAAUAAAUACCAUCCUCACAUCUAGCUACUCAAGCUCUAUAUCUUCAUGCGCAAUAAUAACUAACACCAAACAAAUAAAUGUAUACUUCACAAUAGGUAAAAAGAUCUUUAUAUAAUUAGUUCUCUACUUUUGUGUAAAGUCUUUUGUUGAGUAAGCCUUGUCUUAGACUAUAGUUGGUCACCAUCAAUCAUUGGUAACUUCUUCUUAUACACUAAUUUGCACUCAAUAACUUGCUUCCCUAUAAGAAGAUCUACUAGUUUUCAUGUGUGGCUAUUGUCUAAAGAUGUUUGUUCCUCAACUAUUGUUAUAUCCACUUCUCUUUUUAGGAUAAUUAAUUGACUCUUGAAAAAUUAUAGACUUUUCAUUUCUUACAAAUAAUGUAAAGAUAUCAUAAUUAUCAAAGCGAGUAGGAGGUCUUACUUCACUUCUAUCUUAUAAAUAGUAAUACAAUUAGAAACAUCUAACGAUUUUGUAACUCAUUCUUCACUCAUAACAUAACUAAGAGGAAUCUACACAAUCUCCACCUCUAGUCUUACUUUAUCUUCAUCAUGAGUAUCAUUAGAUUCUUAAAUCAUAUGCCAUGUAGAGAAUGACUUCAACAUGUGAUCUUCAUUAAAGAUCACAUCUUUAUUAAAAAUAUUUUUUUCACCUCAGAAUCACAAAGUCGAUAUCUCUUCAUGUUAGUAUUAUAGCCUAAUAAGAUACAUUUCUUCAACUAUGAAUGUAACUUUGAUCUCUCAUCAAUAGGUGUAAGGAUAUAUCCUAGACACUUAAAUAUAUACAAAUUUGAAUAGUCAAUAAGAUUUUCAACCCAUAUCUCUUUAGUUGACUUCUCAUCAAGAGUAGAAUUUGAUGAUCUAUUUACCAAAUAAGCCACCAUAGUCAUAGUUUCUACCCAAAAUUCUUUAGCAAGUCAUAAAUAAUCUGCUCUCUCAAUAAUUGUAUGGUUCAUCCGCUCACUAAUAUUGUUGUGUUACAGAGUCUUCUUCACUAUACAAUAACGUUGAAUAUCAUAUUCAUUAUAAAAUUGAUCAAAAGUAGAAUUCUUAAAUUCUGUAUUAUUAUUAGUCUGCAAAACUUUAAUCUUCCUCCAUAUUUGAUUCUUCAUCUUAACACAUCAAGUCUUGAACUUUACAAAUAUUUCUUGUGUUUCAAGAAAAAUAUCUAAUUUUUUUUAGAAAAAUCAUCAACAAAGGUCACAUCAACUAGACCACACACAUCUGAAUGAAUAUAAUCCAGCACAUCAUCCAUUUCAUAUUUUAUUAUCUUAAAUGUCACUCUACACUAUUUUUUCAUGACAUAGUACUUAAAAGAAUUCAAUUUGUAAGUUUUCACACUAGAUAACAAUCUUCAUAUAUGUAACUUUUGCAUACUUAUCUUAUUCAUAUGACCUAAUCACAAGUACCAUAAAUAAGUGUCAUUAGUCAUGAAAUCAUAUGAUGUUAUCAACACAAGCUCCACUAUAAUAAUAUUUUUUUUAAGUUUAUAAAUAUCCACUUGUGUUGACAUAUUUCCUUCAUCACAAUGAGCACUCUGAUAAUUUUGAGGAUCUAAUUUUUACAUUUGAAGUAACAUUCAUUCGCCUCCAUAACUUUAAGUGAGAUCAGAUGUAAUACUAGAAUAUGAUGAACAUUUCCAAACUCUUAGAUCACCCCAUCAAAUAUUCAAAUUUUCAUUAAACCAAUGUCAACAACUUCAUAAAUCAUAUUAUCUCUCAUAGAAACAACUCUUGUUGCACUCAUAUAUGAAUCAAAUUAGUUAAUAUUAUGACAUAUAUGAUAAGAAUAACUAGUAUCAAGAAUCUAUGUGUUCGACAAUUCUCUUAAUUGUAACAAGAUCAUAAUAGACUUCAUCAUCUUCUAUCCUCAACAUCCUCAACAUUCGUUGAACUAGAUUCACCUCUUAUUAUCUUAUCAUUUUGGUUCCUUGGAGAAUUUUUUUGCAAGUAUCCCUUCUUAUAACACUUGUGACAAGUUUACUUUUUCAAUUGAUUUAUUUAUGCAUUGGACCGACUCUUCUUAUCUCUUGAUGAUCCUUUCUCUUUUUGUAUUUUAUGUUUUCUUCCACCCUUGAUAUAUAAACCUUCAUCAUAAACCACAUUAAUAUUUUUUUUUGAAUGAUAAUAUUUCAUCAAUAAAUUAAGAACAUCUUGAAGAACAAAUGUUGUGCUACCAUGGAAUAAAGUUGUAACAAGAUGAUCAUAUAAAUCAAGAAGAGAAACAAGUAGAAUAAUAAUUAUAUUCUCAUUAAAAUAUAUAUAAUUUCAUAUAAAGUAAAUCAUUCAAAAAUUAAUUAAAAUAAUUAAUAUGAGAUGUCAGAUCAUCUCUUUUUAACAUGUGCAACCGAAAUAAUUCUCUUUAACGUAAAUUUACUCAUCAUCAACUUUUGUGCACAUCAUUUCUCAACCUUCUUAUAGAGUUUCUUUGGAUUAUAUUCAUCUAUGACCUAUUGAAGGACUCAAUUAGACAAAUAUAUAUAUGAAUAAAACCUUCAACCUUAUUCUUCAUUAUCUCUCAAUCAUUAGUAUUGAUUUUGUUUGGCUUUAGUUUAUCCAAAAUCUUAUACAAGUUUAUUUACAACAUGAAACAUACAUGAUGCUUCUAGAGAUUAAAGUUAGAUGACUUAUUCAACUUAUGAAUAUUAGUGUACAUCUUAGAAGCCAUAGUAAGUCCGUAAAUAAUCAAAUUAAUAUUUUAAUACCACUUGUAAGAAUAAACAUAUAAACAUAUGAUCACAAUAACAACAAAAAUUUAAUUUCUAAAUGUCUUUGAGAGAAAAUAAAAAAGAAAUCACUAAGCCAUCAGAAAUUUUGAUGAGAAUAAGACUUUCACCAAACACUUAAAACACAUGUCUCAAUACUGUUGAGAUGGCCCACACACUAGAUAGUCAACAAUAAGCUCUUAUCUCCUUCUAUAAAGACUUUAUCUACAAUAGAAGACAGAUGCAAAAUCAAAAAGAGUAAGGAAGUUGAUGAAGAAAUAGAAUGUAAUCAAAGGAGAGAAAAUUUUUGUCGUCCAUCAUAUUCAAAAAAGGAUAAAUACAUGCCCUAUUUGUAGAAAAAGGAAAAGGUGAUUGUCCCAUUAAAAGGAGGCAUCUUGAUCUAUGUAUGGGCAACCCCAGACAUCUUAGAGGUGAUGGUUUCAACCGCUUUCAUUUCUCUCUCUCUCUCUUUGCACGACCCCUACAUGAGUCAAAAGGGAUGGGGUGGCAACUAUGUCACCGCCCCUCACUCCUUACACAUCCUUGAACAGCUCAGACAAGAAGAGGCUCCUCACAUGUCUCCCAAAUGGGUCAGCUGUGAUGGGCUGACACCCCCAAUAGAAGGUGACCAAUCUUGACAAUUUUAGGGAUCCUACUGCAUCUUAUAAUGCAAUCUUUUUCUGAAAAAAGGGCAAUGUCUGGGAUACGUGUAUCUAACUGUUUAUAAGGGUAUGUGGUUGGGAGAUCAUGUGCGGCUAAUUUUUUUAUAAAGAAAGGGCAACAGCUGUUUCUUAAUGUUCCGUGUGGGGCUUAGCCUAAUGAAGGGUAUUUGCUUGGCGGACUGUAUCCGUAGAACAAAGUUAAAGAAAAGAUUGGAUUUUUAAUGAUUUCGCAGGUUUCUAGCUAUCUGAGGAUGCAUGCAAAUGCUGGUUGGAAUCAAGAAUAUUUGAUAAGGGGAUCGUAUUAUAUCUUAUCAGGCCUUUUUUAUAUAUAUAGAAAAGUGUGAAUUUUGAUGAUUUUAUAUCCAUUUGUACGAUACCUUCUUGCAUCCAAAUAUCAUCAUCAUCAUCAUGAUCAUCAUGGGCAUUGAAUGGAUCUUAUGAAUGGAUAGUGGCCAUGAGAAGAAAUGGGUUUUUUGGCGCUAUGAUUAAGUCCGUUUAUGUUCGAAAACCCUCGCAGUGAGGUUCUGCAGAGUGAGUUCCUCAAUGAACCGAGAGAUAGCCUGGAAGAGCGAGAAGCUGCGAUCAAGCUGCGGGAGGAAAUCGAGGACCAGCAGCUGCUGCUGGAGUUCCUCCUGCGGCUGCAGCAGUGCAAGCAGGAAACCGCCGACAAGCUUCACGACAUAGUGUUCUGCCUGUCCUCCGACAUGGAGGAGAUCCUGAAGCAGCUGGAGAUCGUGUAGAAGGACGGCAGAUUCUACUCGGACCUCGAGCACGAAGACCACUUCGCCGUGGAGAAGGACGACUCGGUCAACUCGGGGUCUCGCCAACGGGUCCUCUCGAGGGUGCGAACCUAUUACGAAGACAAGCGCAGUGAGCCUCUGAGCGACAGCCUGAGGUCGGAGUUGCAGCAGAAGAACCAGGAGACCAUCUCCUCGACGAGCUGUCGGCUGAUGAAGAACUUUAAGAAGCUGGAGGCCGCUUACUUCUCGACGAGGUGCAGGAUGACGAAGCCGGGGAGCAGGCACGAGAGCAGGAUCGUCGCUACCGCUGGGAGCGGCCCUGCGGUGAGCUUGGUGGAUAAUCUUCUGCCCUACAAGGAGGUUCUGAGUGAAACCAGACAGAGAGAAUGGAUCAGCCCAUUUCUGGAAGGCCUGCGCAAGUACCUGUUCUUCAGCAAGCUGAGAAUGAGGGCGGACCUGCGGCAGGGGGACCUGCUGAACUCCUCCAACCUCGUCUGCUCCCUGGGAUUCGAUCGAGACAGGGAGCUCUUCGCCCCCGCCGGCGUGAACCGGAAGAUCAAGAUAUUCGAGUGCGACGUCGUCCUCAACGAGGAUAGGGACAUGCACUACCCGUUGGUGGAGAUGGUCAGCCGCUCGAAGCUCAGCAGCAUCUGCUGGAAAGGCUACAUCAAGAGCCAGAUCGCCUCCAGGGACUUCGAGGGCGUCCCCCAGGUCCUUACUUGCCAACCCUUCUCUCUCUCUCUCUCUCUCUUUCUCUCUCUGCGUCUCCCUCCUGCCCAAAUCACUCACUCUCGCUCACUCUUGGUCUGCAGGUGUGGGAUGUGACUAGGAGCCAGGUAUUUUUGGAGAGGCGGGAGCACGAGCGGCGGAUGUGGUCAAUCGACUUCUCGCUCACGGAUCCCACGAAGCUGGCCAGCGGGAGCGACGACGGGACCGUGAAGCUGUGGAAUAUCAAUCAGGCAAUCCCACUUUUGCACUUGGUGUAUGUCGGCUUUGAAACUAAAUGCGCUGCAGUCCUCUCUCGUUGCCAUUUCUUUGAGCCACCUCCCUGCGCCGAGCUUUCCUCACGGGUUCUUCUUCAUCCUCCUGUUGCAGAACGGGAGCACAGGGACUAUCAAGACGAAGGCCAACGUCCACUCGGUGCAGUUUCCGCCGGAUUCGGCGUGGUCGCUGGCUGUGGGACCGGCGAACUACCGGAUCUACCUGUACGACCUGCGCAGCGCGAGGGCACCGCUGUGCAUCCUGGUGGGCCACGCCAAGACAGUGAGCUACGUGAAGUUCGUUGACUCCUCCACUCUGGUCUCCGCCUCCACUGACAACUCCCUCAAGCUCUGGGAUCUCUCCGCCGCCUCAUCCAGGGUCCUCGAGUCCCCCCAUUUCCUGCGGGGACUGUCUUGAAGAUACAUGCUAGAGGGUUAGGCCCUUUUGCAAUUGUUAAACGAGUCGGAUCAAAUGCUUACGCUGUAGACAUUUAAGUUGAAUAGUAAUCAGUCAUAUUUUUAACAUUCAGAUCUUAUUCCUUAUCAGAGAUCACCGAAUAUUUCUAGCGAGUUAUUUGUGCCAAAUCUAAUUGUUGAGAGCGAAAAUGCCCAGAUGUCCAACAACCAAUUUUCCUACACGACAAGAGUAAAUAGAAGAUAUAUUAGAUGGAAAAAUAAUAUUUAAUAUUAAUGGACAAAGAUGGAGGUUUCUUGUUCAUUGGGGGGAUCAUCUGGAGUAGUGGGAGCACUGCCAACAUAUAGUGGACCAAGACUCGUCAGAGCCGAGUUCUUUCAACCCAAAGGGCGCUGACGCAACAUCGAGUCGCCUCACGACAAGUCAGCAAAAGCCUAAUCAGCAGCUGCAUGCGAGCAAAGGUUAGAGUCAAGAUAGUAAAUGGGAUCGACGCUCUCAAUAAAACUGUAUGCCCAUAGAACAACACAGCGAGGAUAACGGUAGCGAUGUGGCUUCAUCAUUAGGAAAACGGUUUCGGCGUACCUCUUGUCUUCAACGGCAUCAUAAACGCACUGAAAAGAGUGACUAUCUUUAUUACUUGCUUAAUAUGAGUUUUUUGAAAACAUAUAAGAGAGAGAUGAGACUCAGAGGAAGGAAGUGAAGUUUUAUGAUGUGUUCUACGUUGAUCUUGUUUAGAUCCCGUUGCCCCAGCUUGGGUUGGUCGUGAGGAUCCAGUUAUUCCCGAUCUGGAAUAUUUCUUCUCAACUCUCUCCUUCUGUCCCAUUAUCCCCACCUCUCUUAUACCUAUCCACAUGUCGCACGAACCCAUUAACUUUUUCUGUCGAUAUCUUAUCGACCACUAUCUACCAUUCUGCGAGAACUUGGUUCGAGGUCCUCAGCAGGUCAGGCAUCCACAGCAUCUUUGUGACUGCCGUCGCCUCAGAACCUGCAUAA